UGCAGAGUGCCAAAAGGAGAGGAUCAACAAGAGUAUGGCUGGAGGGCCAUUGGUGCUCUGGAACCACCGGUCGAUACAGAUCCUGGUCCUCCUCAGCCUGGGGCUGCAGCUCGUCCUCUUCGUCUUCGCCGGGAUCCGGCGGCGUCAAAACCUCCCCGUGCGGAGGUUCCUCCUCUGGCUAGCGUACCUCAUGGCCGACUCCACGGCCGUGUACGCCCUCGGCCACCUGUCCUUCAGCAGCACCGUGCUCGGGCACCAGCUCGUCGCGUUCUGGGCGCCGUUCCUGCUGCUGCACCUCGGCGGCCCGGACAACAUCACCGCCUAUGCGCUCCAGGACAACCAGCUCUGGCUCCGCCACCUCACCGUCCUCGUCGUGCAGGUCCUCGGGGCGGGCUACGUCCUCAAAAAGCACAUCGCCGUCGCUGGCGGACAUGACAGGAACUUUCUCCUGGUCGCCUCCAUCCUGAUGUUCGCCGUUGGCUUGGUAAAGUACGUGGAGAGGACGUGGUCGCUCAAGUGCAGCACCCUGGAGAGCAUCGGCGCCUCCCUGAAGGUGAAGCGCCCGGCCAUCCACAAGCAUAACCACCCUCAGGACAGAGUCACGGAGGAGGAGUUCAACCUGCGACGAGCCCACUCGCUCUUCCACGUCUGCAAGCGCACCAUGGUCGAUUCCUCGGUGGUCGAGGAGGACUCCAUGGACAGCCUAGACUCCACGGACGGCCUAGAAGAGUACACCAGCAAGCUUAUACAAGGCGUCGAGCUGUGGACGCUGAUGGAGAUCGAGCUCUCCCUCAUGUACGACGUCCUCUACACCAAGGCGGCCGUGGUCCACACCUUCCCCGGCUACCUAAUCCGCGUCCUCUCGCCGCUUACCGUCGCCACCUCCCUGCUCCUGUUCUGGUUCACCGCCAAGGACGACCACACCAGAGCCGACGUCGCCAUCACCUACGUCCUGCUGGGUGGCGCCGUGUUCAUGGAGACGACGUCGCUCCUGAACGCGUUGGCAUCGUCGUGGACCUUCGCGUUCCUGAGCACCACCAGCUGGAGCUGGCUCCGGUACACCACCCUCUGCAACGAGAGAUGGGACAGGUUCCGGCAUGUGGUUGUGUGGCUUCACCAUCUCGUCAAGGGAGGAAUCGCCGCUCAUAGUAGGUACAAGUCACGAAGGUGGUCAUACACCAUCGGGCAGUACAACUUGCUGCACUUCUGCACGCGCCCCGCCGACACGCCGUUCACCAGCCCCCUGCUCGGGAGGCUGGCCAGGGCGCUGACACUCGAUGAGUGGUGGAACAGGAAGCACUACUCGGCGACCGUCGAGAUGACGGAUGUGAUCAGACGUCAUAUAGCUGUGUACAUGAGCCACCUGUACAGCAAGGGGAGGUUCAACACUGACAUGCUGGGGAAGAAGUGGGGUGAGUACCCACUAGACCGCCGCGGUCUUUACCGCGGCGUCCUCAAGGACUCCCUCGGCGUAGAGUUUCAAGAGGGCAUCAUCAUCUGGCACAUCGCCACCGAGGUCUUCCUCACCAAGAGCGAGAAGGCCAAGGCCAUCGACGCCAUGCCUACCGUGCAUGCCAUUAGGGUGAUGUCGGACUACCUCAUGUUCCUCCUGGUGGAACGUCCCUACAUGCUGCCGGGCCAGCCCCAGAAAAGGUUGUACCAACGGACCUGCGAGAGGCUGGUCACCAUGCGAUCUGCUGAUCCUAGGUACCCGAGCCGUGCACGCGUCGUCAAGGAUUUGUUUCGGAUGAGCGAUGCCCCACACUCUAGCAUUUCUAGGGUUGCUGAGAGGGAGGAGCUCGCCAACAACUUGUACGAUGCAUACGAGGACCGAGAGUUCAGCCUCCUUGCUCCUCGUCUCACUCACAUGGCUCGACUCGCCAAGGAGCUGCUGGAGAAGGAGAAGGAUGGCACCGCCAACUCCUUGAACCUUGUCCUUGACGUGUGGAUGGACAUUCUCGUCUACGCUAGCAACAAGUGCAGCAGGGAGUCUCAUGCCCAGAAGCUCAACAGUGGUGGCGAGCUGACCACCAUCGUGUGGCUUAUGGCAGAAUACAUCUACCAAGCAUCGGUUGCCCAGAGAGAUGAUGUAGUAUAA